AUGUCUUCUCACAAGACUUGCAGAAUCAAGCGAUUCCUGGCCAAGAACCAAAAGCAAAAUCAUCCUAUUCCUCAGUGGAUUCAAAUGAGAACUGGUAAUAAAACCAGGUCCAGCUCCAAGAGGAGACCCUGGAGGAGAACAAGGCUGACCUUGUGGAGUCACAUAGGAAAUGUUCAGACCCUGAGUCUCUGCCACUGUCUCACUCCAAAGCCUGUUAAUGAGGAAUCAUUUGGGGAUCUCCCUAUCAUGAUGAGAGAGGCUCAGACGAGGGACCGCAAGAGAGAAAUGAGUCCCUGA